AUGGAUAACAAUGAGAACAUAGAUUCUAACGAUAAUUCGUCGGAUACAAACACAGCAAACUAUAACCAGGGGAAAAACGAGAAUAUAUCGGAAGAAAUGGACUUUUGCAAAGAAGAUAAUGAAUUGGAUGGAAAUAAUAAGAAUUCUAAAUCUAAGCAAGAGAAUAUAGCUAAGACAAAGAAUUCAGAUAAGGAUGACAUAAAUGUUAUGGACUAUAGUAACCAUAACUUCCCAUGCCACCCAGCCCCUCCAGUUUCGAUAAAACUUUUCAUAGGAAGAGUACCAAAAAGUAUGGAGGAAGAACAAUUAAGGCCCAUAUUUGAAGAAUUUGGCAUUGUUAAUGAAGUGGUAAUAAUAAGAGAUAAAAUAACAAAUAUUCACAAAUCAAGUGCCUUUGUAAAAAUGGCAUCCAUUUCAGAAGCAGAUAAUGCUAUAAGAUCUUUAAAUAACCAGAGAACCCUAGACCCUCAACUAGGCUCUCUACAAGUAAAAUAUGCAUCUGGAGAAAUUAUGAAAUUAGGUUUUCCUCAAAAUAUAGAAUCAGGUGUUGAUCAAGCAAAAUUGUUUAUAGGAUCUUUACCAAAAAGUAUAACAGAAGAAAGUGUAAAAGAAAUGUUUUCUAUAUAUGGUUCUGUAGAGGAAGUCUUUAUAAUGAAAGAUAAUUCAACAGGGUUAGGAAAAGGAUGUUCUUUUGUUAAAUUUGCAUAUAAAGAGCAAGCAUUAUAUGCUAUCAAUUCAUUAAAUGGAAAAAAAACAUUAGAAGGAUGUGCACGACCUAUAGAAGUUCGAUUUGCAGAACCAAAAUCAUCUAAACAAUCACAAAUUCCAAUGACGUUGCAGCCGAUGCAGAAUCCCCCACAUGGUAUUUCUCCUCAACCGCAUGUAACCAGUCCAAACAAUAUAAAUUUUGGAAAUAACUUUGGGGUUAAUAAUAACUAUCCAAGACAAGUUGGUGCAUGGAAGGAAUACUAUUCAGGAGAGGGAAGACCAUAUUACUACAAUGAGCAAACGAACACAACACAAUGGGAAAUGCCAAAAGAAUUUGAAACCCUCUUCAUGAGUAGUUCUCCAAAUGCGCACAAUCUGUCUGAUUCAUCAGGUCCCCCUGGAGCGAACUUAUUCAUUUUCCAUGUCCCCAAUGAAUGGCACCAAACAGACCUUAUCCAAGCAUUUUCUCCAUUUGGCGAAUUAUUGUCUGCUAGAAUAGCCACUGAAAAAAGUACAGGCAGAAAUCGUGGGUUUGCAUUUGUAUCCUAUGAAAGUAUUGAAAGUGCAGCAGCCGCAAUUUCACAAAUGAAUGGAUUUAUGGCAUUAAAUAAAAAACUGAAGGUAACUGUAAAGAAGGGAGAAGAAGAAGAAAUGAAAAAGUUUGUAAAUCAAAAUGGGGUAAAUUCUUUCCAACAAAUUUCAAGACCUCAAAAAAAUAUACCAGCUCAACCAAAUGCAGCAGCACAACCAAGUUUCCCACCACACCAGAAUGCACAACCACAAAAUUUUUUCUAUUCAAAUAGCAAUAGUUAUAGAUGUGGACCAUAUUAA